CUUGGACGGGGUGCGUUGGCCGUCGUGGUGGCCCCCCGGGCCCGGGGUAUCGUGAGAGCGCACCGGUACAAGCCAUGACAAAUAUCGUGAGGUCUCACGGUGAAGAUGUCUGGUGGAGCAAGCCUGUCCUCCAGGCAUUGCCCUGUCGCUUCCAGCCUACCGCCCUGGGUCUCUGGGCUGGGCUGGCUGCGUCAAUGUUUGCAAAUAGCCGCAAGCACGACCCGCUCGUGGCUUCCAAAUGCUCGCACAAGCCGCUCCAGCUGUCAAGCCCUGUGGAUCUUUGUCCGCGACAGGUACCAUAUCCAGAUGCAGGAACUGCUCCGCAGCCCAUUCACAAUGCGGAUGCUAAUGUGAGACCAUCCGCGCCUCUCUCGCUGGGCGGCCGAGCCGAGCGCCGACAGGGCAAGACAUCUGAAGAAACACGACCGUGCAAGACACUCACUCCUGCAAGUCGAUUGCUCCGUUGCGGCCAUUUUGGCUCCAUCUCCCAGCUUGCUCAGAAGCAACACAGUUCAGAGCACCACCGUCCGUCCACACGUCAGCGAACUUGUCUACGACGGGGCCAAUAUCGCCUCCAUAUCAUGAUCCAGUAA